AUGGCGGCUACAGCUCAGUGCCCCAUAUGUCUGGAGGAAAUGAAAGCCUCAAUCGGAAUGCUAGGUGGAUGUAAACACAUCUUCUGCUACGAUUGCAUCAAGAAGUGGUCUGAAGUUAAACAAACCUGUCCUCUUGACCGUUCACCAUUUGACUCAAUCAAAAUACUACACGAAAUUGGUGGUGCAGUUGUGGAAGAGGAAAAACUAGAACCACGGGGGUUGGAUCAAAUCCAUAGUUCCUUUAACGUCGAAGGCAUCGAUGAUUUCGUGUCACAUUUCUCAGUUUCUAGAAUGCUGUUCGAAUCAGGCUUGACAGCAAGGGUUUCGGAUCAACAUUAUCGUUGUUUCGGGUGUCGUAUUAUUAUAGCAGAAGAACAGAUGUUUCGGAGUCAACGAUAUGACCUAGCAAAUCGAGAAGGAAGUCAAAUAGAAGUUAAUUACGGUGUUCCCCAUUACAUUUGUCCACGGUGUCGAAAUAGGGAAAGACGCAUAGAUUAA